AUGGAAGAUAUUACAAUUAAACUUGCUCAAAUUCUUUUACCAAUCAUUAUUUUAAUAGGUUUCAUUGGUAAUUCUCUUAAUAUAUUAAUAUUAACUCGUUCAACUUUAAAAAAACAUGCCUGUUCACACUAUUUUCUUAGUUUAGCAUCAAAUAAUCUAAUCUAUUCCUUCGUUCUUAUACAUUAUUUCUUAGCAAAUAGGUACAAUAUAAAUGGACAAUUAUUUUCACUUGUUUCAUGUAAAAUUCUUACAUUUCUUAACAAUUUAUGUUCAUUAUUAUCACCUUAUUUUAUUGUAUUAGCAUCAAUUGAUCGUUAUUUUGCAAGUUCAUCAAAUGUUCAUAUGCGUCAAUGGAGUACUAAACGUAUUGCUCGACGAUUAAUUUUACUAACAGUUCUUUCUUGUACAUUAAUUUCUAUUCAUGAUCUUAUUCUAACUGAUUUACGUCCAGAUAUUUAUGGAUGUUCUUUACCAUCAAAUACUAAUUAUAAUAAAUUUUUUAUUAUUUUUCGAAUUAUAUUAUAUACUUCUGUUCCACCAUGUCUUAUGAUUAUAUUUGGUUUAUUAACAAUCUACAAUACAACUCGUUCACAAAUAAAUCGACAAGUAACAGUUCGUUAUCGACGUACAGAAAGUCAACUAUUACGAAUACUUCUAGUUCAAGUAAUAACAUAUAUUAUUCUGAAUAUGCCAUUGUCUAUUAUCUAUUUAAUGUUAAGUUUACCAACAGGAUAUAUUCCAACUUCGAAAUUAUUUUUUGCAUUUCGACUUGUUUCAUUUCCAUUUCAUUUUUCAUUUGCAACACCAUUCUUUUUAUAUAUUCUAUCAUCAAGUAUUUAUAAAGAAGAAUUAAUUCAAUUAAUAUUCAAGCUUUUACAUCGUAGACAAAUUCAUCCUAUAAGAAAUCUCUUUCAUUAA